AUGUUUUUCUCACUUGAUUUAUCUUUUUAUGCAUUACCAAGUGAUAUUUCAACAGCUUUAAAUGCAGCUGCCCUUAAAACAGUAUUUGAUGAUAAUAUUUUUAUGACUGAAAAUGAUAAUGAGUUAAGCACUAUUAGUUUUGAUGAAAUUGCUGUGUUAAAUACUGAAAUCAAACCCGUUGGACAUACAUCACUCCAAAAGAACAAGGAUAUAGUAAAAGCACACACUAACGCCAAAAGAUCAAUAAACAAUCUAUUAAAGAAAAAAGGAGGACCUUCAAAAGCUAUUGUUCUUCUUAAUAUGGCUUAUGGUAAAAUAUCUUUUCCCUUUAACAUAGGAGCAACUAAUUGA